CCGACUCGCGCGAACGAGUCGGGCUUUCCAUCACUAACUCACGCACGCACUCACGCACGCGCUGCGGAUUGAGCUGCUCUUCCCGCUUCGAGCUCGAGCUGCUCCGAGCGCCGUUUGGCGGAUGACAGUUUGUUUUCACGGAGGGCCUGUUUGAGGAGAAGAACGAACAUUUACAUCCUCGGCUACGGGAACCGAAUCGCUUUUCGUCAAGAUGGGACCGCUUAUUCCCAAAUGUACGCGUUUGGUGAGACGUGUGAGCCAAAGGAUGUGAAUCCUGGAGACCCGUCUGUGCACAACAGCUCUAGCUGAGCCGAGGGAAAGAGUGCAGUUCAAACAAGCAUGAGGCUGCUGGCCUCCUCGCUACACAGACUACAACAAACACGCGUUGUCCCAGUGGAGUUUUAACCCCUGCAGGAGUACAGGCUGCUUGGUCCACCGAGGCUGGUGAAGAAACACAGGUAUGUAUGAGCACCCGCAGAUAUAACCGCCCCUCCCUUUGGUUCGUCACCCUUGAAUAGCGAACAAAAUACUAGAGCGAGAGAAAGCGAGUGAGAGACUGAGGGUCCCAUGUGCCAUUGGGCAGCGGGGCUUUCGCCAUGAGCAGUACUCUGGGCAAAGAUAAAGACUCUAAGGAGAGGGAACCCAAAGCGGAAGGGAAAUCCAAAACCAAAGGGAAAGAUGCCAAAGACGGGAAGAAAGACACGAGCGGCGCUUCGCCCGCAGUGGCCUUCACCUUGGACAGCACGAUAAAGCGGCCCAACCCGCCGCCUAGCACGCGCAAAAAAUCCAGCAACGCGGAGGUCAUCAAGGAGCUGAACAAGUGCCGUGAGGAGAACUCGAUGCGCCUGGACCUGUCCAAGAGAUCCAUCCAUCUAUUGCCCUCUUCCAUCAAGGAGCUGACCCAGCUGACCGAGCUCUACCUGUACAGCAACAAGCUGCAAAGCCUGCCAGCUGAGGUGGGAUGCUUGUCGGGGCUGGUGACGCUGGCGCUCAGCGAGAACUCUCUCACUAGCCUGCCCGACUCACUGGACAACUUGAAGAAGUUGCGUAUGCUCGACCUGCGGCACAACAAGCUGCGGGAGAUCCCGGCCGUGGUCUACCGCGUCACCUCCCUCACCACGCUCUACCUGCGCUUUAAUCGGAUCACCACCGUGGAGAAGGACAUCAAGAAUCUGUCCAAACUCACCAUGCUCAGCAUCCGAGAGAACAAGAUUAAACAGCUGCCCGCAGAGAUCGGUGAGCUCUGUAAUUUGAUUACGCUGGAUGUAGCCCACAACCAGCUGGAGCACCUUCCUAAAGAGAUCGGCAAUUGCACUCAGAUCACCAACCUUGACCUGCAGCACAACGAACUUCUUGACCUACCUGAGACUAUAGGUAACUUGUCAAGUAUAAACCGUCUGGGUCUGAGGUACAACCGUCUAUCAGCGAUCCCUCGAUCUUUAUCGAAGUGCCGAGAGCUGGAGGAGCUCAACCUUGAAAACAACAACAUCUCAGUGUUACCAGAGGGUCUUCUCUCCAGUCUGGUGAACCUGACGAGUCUGACGCUGGCGCGAAACUGUUUCCAGUCCUACCCAGCGGGCGGCCCGUCCCAGUUCUCCACCAUCUACUCACUCAACAUGGAGCACAACCGUAUCAACAAGAUCCCUUUCGGCAUCUUCUCCCGAGCCAAAGUGCUCAGCAAGCUCAAUAUGAAGGACAACCAGUUAACAUCUCUUCCGUUGGAUUUUGGGACGUGGACCAGUAUGGUAGAGCUGAACCUGGCAACAAAUCAACUUACCAAGAUCCCAGAGGAUAUCUGUGGACUUGUGUCUUUAGAGGUCCUCAUAUUGUCCAACAAUCUUUUGAAGAAGUUGCCUCAUGGGAUAGGAAACUUACGGAAACUGCGAGAGCUUGACCUGGAGGAGAACAAACUGGAGUCCCUCCCGAAUGAGAUCGCCUACCUUAAGGAUCUGCAGAAACUUGUGUUGACCAAUAAUCAGUUGACCACUUUGCCGAGAGGAAUCGGUCACCUGACCAACCUGACGUACCUGGGCUUGGGAGAGAACCUGCUGCAGCACCUACCGGAGGAGAUCGGUACACUGGAGAACCUGGAGGACCUGUACCUGAACGACAACCCUAACCUGCACAGUCUGCCGUUCGAGCUGGCGCUCUGCAGUAAGCUGUCCAUCAUGAGCAUAGAGAACUGCCCCCUCAGCCACCUCCCGCCGCAGAUCGUUGCCGGAGGCCCUUCCUUUAUCAUCCAGUUCCUAAAGAUGCAGGGUCCCUACCGUGCCAUGGUCUGAGACGACUCACACACUGUACAAAGAGGAAACCGAAUCGCCACAUGACGUUACCUUCGUCGUCAUUAUAUCUCGGACAAGAAACUGCUUAACUGGGUUCCAAUCGAUGGAGGAAUCAUAGCCAGUUAGGUCCCCUUUACCCCCGUAGUAAACAAUGUCUAGACUUCAGUUGCCAAAAUUAAUGUACAUUAGUGAUUCUGAAGAGGCGCUCUUAAAAUGUUUCAAUCAUUUUGCCAAUAUAUUGAAAGUCAUUAUAGGGGUUUCGAUGCCAGGAAACAGUUGUAUACAAAAACAAAACAUUUUUACACGUUCAUUUUUGCUGCUGCUGCCGCCAUACUGUAUGUGAGUUUUUUUUUUUUUUUUUUUAUUUAGCCUGAGAUUUUUUGUUUUUGUUUUUGUUUUUUUUCUUAUCAUCCCACAACCAAAAGAUUUUUAUUGUACAGAGGACCUGUUUGGAAGCAGUGAACAAAUUUUAUUUCUUUAUUAUUAUUAUUAUUAAUUGUUAUUCUAGAAUUGUGCCUAUCCAGUGCAGUUGGGUGGUUUGUGUCUGAACAUUAUUAUCCAAGAAGUUUUUAAUACAAAAAGGCUGAAUUUACAAAAGUCUAAUUUAUUCCGUAAUUCCUUUUCAUUAUUGUUGAUUAUUUUAUCUCUCCCUUUUUUUAAAUAUUCAUUCCUCUUCGCUACCGGGACGUGUUGCUGCGCUUGACAUUUUAAAAUGAAUCCGCAAUCUUUUUUUCUUCGAAAUAGUGAAGCAACAAAUGAAUCAAAAAUCGUUUAUGAUAGCAAUCACGUCAUGGGUUUAGCGAGCUAGCGCGUCACUCAAAGGUGCGGGUCUGGUUUCGGGGGUCUCUGAACUGAACGUGGGGUUUGUGAUUGUUUACUUGUUUGCCAUAUCCACAGUGUUGCGCUCUGCUUGUGUCCUAUUGGUGAGAGUCGCAUCUACAUAUCGGGUGCUGAACAGUGCUAGCAGUUAAAGGCCCACGUUUACUGUGAGGAAUGCCAAACGCCCAUUCAACAUCACUUCCGUCCUUUUUUUUUAUUGUGCAUUUCAAGGAUUUCCUGGUCGGUGUCAUCAGAUCGUUUUUAAACCCCAUGAUUUCUGAAAUUCACAGAAUAUUAAACAGUGGUUACAGUUUUUUGCACCGUUUGUCCCACACAUCGCCCCUCUUAUGCUGCUGCUUUUAAUGCACUUUGUAUUGAUAUUUGGCAUCCUCCUCAAGUAAAGGGUCGCGAUAUUUCAUGUUACCGAUUAAACGUAUGGAAGGGGGCAUUUUAUUAUUAUUAUUAUUAUUAUUAUUUCUGAAGUAUUUUAUCUUUUAUUUUAAUUCUUUAUCAUGUACAUUUUAUAACAGUGAAUGAAAAAUUUGCCUCAGCAAAUUCGAACGAUAACAUUCUAUUAAGAACCUUUUUUUUUUUUUUUCUCAAGGCUUUGACGCUAUUUCUCUUUAUUAAAUGUUUUGAUUUAAACUUC